CUACCCCCGUGUGGGCGGAGAGACGAAGUCCCACCCACCUGGCUACUAAUCUGUAUCCUCUGUCCCCCGGGACCAACGACGUCCCAGAGGACCCACGAGGGAGCGGGCGCAACGCGUGGCUGUGCAUGGGAGCCAUGGACGCCUUCAUCCGAGUCGCCAACCAAAGCCAGGGCCGGGACCGACUUUUCAGAGCCACUCAGCAUGCAUGCAUGUUGCUUAGAUAUUUGUUAGAGUCUAAAGCUGACAAGGAGGCGGUGGUAACGAAGCUCAAGAGUCUGGAGGCCAGCGUGAGCGCUGGCCGUAAGUGGUUCAGACUAGGCAACGUGCUCCAUGCCAUCCAGGCAACUGAGCAGAGCAUCCAAGCCACUGACCUCGUGCCCCGCUUAUGCCUGACUUUAGCCAACCUGAACCGCGUGGUUUAUUACAUCUGUGACACUGUCCUCUGGGCGAAGAGUGUGGGUCUUACCUCUGGAAUCAACAGAGAGAAAUGGCAAAUGUGGGCGGCCCGCCACUACUACUACUUCCUCUUGCUGAGCCUGGUCCGGGAUCUGUAUGAAAUCUUGCUGCAGAUGGGACAAGUUGCACGUGACAGAGCAAAGAGAGAGAAAUCUUCAAAGGACCCUUCUAAGUACAGUGUGGCUAAUGAUGACAGUGAGUGGCUCCAGUCCUUCCUCCUCCUCCUCUUCCAGUCUCUAAAGCGACAUCCUCCCUUGUUCCUGGACACUGUGAAGAACCUCUGUGACAUCCUGAUCCCUUUGAACCAGCUUGGGAUCUACAAGUCCAAUCUCGGCGUGAUAGGGCUUGGGGGUCUCGUGUCCUCUUUGGCUGGCUUCUUCACUGUAGUGUAUCCUCAGUUGAAACUGAAGGCUCGCUAGGGUGUUUGGAAGCUACAAGGCUACAAGUUCAGUGGAACAAACAUUUGUUUUUGUCACAGUGUCUACUGUGCUUAGUUUUUUUUUAAUCAUGUGAGUAUCUUACCAACCUGUGAUGUGAGCAGAGGUAGGACCAACAAUGGUGCAUGAAGACUGGUCCGUUUUUGUAAAUGCUGCAGUGAGUUCUGAGCAUUUUCCCUUUAGCUAACAUGCCUGAGCAUCUUUUAUGUACAUAGUAAGAGCUUAGUGUAUGCUGAACAAAUAAAGAUGAAAAGGAAAGAAAUCAUAAAAGAUCCACAGAAACUAGAAUUACGGAUUGGGUUACAUGGGUCCUUGCUUUCACACAAGCACAUCAGGGCUGGAGCACAGCACUCCUGUCUCUGGCCAAGGCUUCCCCUUUUCUCCCAUCUAUUAUUAUCCACCAUCCCCACAGAUGUCAGUAAUGGGAUGGAGGGGAGCUGGGCCCAGAGCCUCUUAACUUGUUGGUCCCAAUCAUUGCUACAGUUGUGUCCUAACCAUGUCCAGAAGUAGACUCAGAAAAAAAUCAGUACCUUUGUGGUGGAAGCUGUGUGCACAGGUAGAAGCCUGUCCAUAAUGCUGUGAGUAAGCAAGAAAGCAGCGGAAAGCAGUGGAAGUAGGUAGAAGGUCACCACUGCCUGUUACAUAAUCUAUCACAGAUAAGGACGUUGGCUGUACAGAACAAAGCCAAUAGCACGGAUUCAUUCUGAGUCUUUCCAGGAUGAGUCGCAUGAUCACAUCACCUUCAGCAGCAUUUCCAGGCUCCAGAGCCCUUUGCCCCUUAACAUCCCCCACCCCCGGCCUGGAACUUCAAUUGAUGGUUUCUGUUCUAGUCUAUGAAAAGCAAAAACAAUGGAGACUCACCCAGGUUGGUUUUAUUUAAAGCUACAUAACAGUUUGGGCAAUUCUGCAGUAAUUUUCAUCAAAAUAAGAGAAUUAGAAACUUUCUGUCUAUAAAUGUAGGAAUGUCAGUUUUCUGUGACAAAUCUGAUUUUCUCAGGACAACUGGGAAGGACAGGAAAGAGCAGUAGGGCCAAUGGAGAGGACGUGGGGAUUUGGCAGUGCAUUUAAACGGGCUCGCUCUUCACGGUCAGUCUUCCUGCCUUGAACUUGGUUAGUUUAGGUGUGUGGAAUGGGAGACUCUGGCCAGCAGGUGGGCCAGUGUCAACACUUACAAAGCCUGGUCUGCCUAAGUGGAAAUGAGAACUAUGCACUAAGUAACUGCUUCCCAUGAAUGUGAAGAAGAUUCUUGAAAAGUAGACUCAGGCCCUUGGCACUCUAUUUUCAAAAUGAUAAUGUGCUUUGAGAAGACUUUUGGUGGUGGUGGGGGGGGGUUGAGAUUAAAGUGACUAAAACAAGACAAAUACCAGUAAAUGACUAUUUGUACCAUAACAUUAAUUAUGUCUAAUAAAUUUCUAGAUAAAAUU